AUGGGUGUGAUUUUAAAAUAUGUGGUUGCCGGCUUAUUACGGUAUUGGUUAAUUAAUUUGGAUUAUUGGCAAACUAUAGCGAAUAGAGUGGAAAUCGCAACGCCUCUAAACUCAUGGAAGAGGUUAAUAGAAGGCGUUUAUUUAUAUGAUCACAACAUAAAUCCUUAUGAAGGAGAUUCGUUUCAUGAAUCACCUAUAAUGCUAGUCUUUUUCUACUAUAUCAUGAAAAAAGUGCCAUUUAUUUUACCGGUUUUAUUUACAUUCUUGGACCUCCUGACUGCUCAUCUUCUGUACAAAACUUCUAAAGCUUUUAUACGGAUUUUGAAAGAAUCCCAAGAGAAGCAACUGGCUGAAGUUGCUGAUGAGUCUAAACCUAUGCUUUUGGAUGAUGCUCAACUGAAGGAAUCUGCAGAAUAUGUGUUAUCUGUUUACUUGUUCAACCCAUAUUCUGUUUUGAACUGUGCUGGUAUGACUACAACAGUUAUACAGAACUUGUUGGUGGCUACAGCAUUGUGGGGGGCUUCAAGUGGUCAGAGAAUUGUUGCUUGUGUGUUUAUUGCACUGGCUACACACCAAGCCCUGUACCCAGUGCUGCUAAUUGUACCAAUUGCCUUAAUAUUGGCUGAAGUCAACAAAGGGUGCACCAAAUGUUCUUAUAUUAGAACAUUACUUGUGUUUGUGUUAAGCUGGGGAUUCCUCAUUUAUUUGUCAGCAUAUAUUAUGGAUGGUUCUUACAAAUAUGUCUACAACACCUAUGGAUUUAUAUUGACUGUGCCUGACUUGAAGCCAAACAUUGGACUGUUCUGGUACUUCUUUACAGAAAUGUUUGAACAUUUCCGAGUACUGUUUGUUUGUGCAUUCCAAAUCAAUGCUCUGGCUUUGUAUGUGAUUCCUCUUACACUAAGAUUCAAGAAAGAUCCAAUACUAUUGGCCACAGUGCUUAUUGCACUCUCAAGUAUAUUCCGAUCCUACCCAUGUGUGGGUGAUGUUGGCUUUUAUUUAGCUUUACUGCCAAUGUGGAAACACUUAUUUACAUUCAUGCAGCAGAAAUUCAUUGUGGGCUGCACAUUCAUCAUCACCUCAGCACUUGGACCAACAGUGUGGCACCUGUGGAUAUACUCUGGAUCAGCGAAUGCCAACUUUUUCUUUGGAGUCACUCUCUCCUUUGCCACUGCCCAAAUAUUCCUUAUAACAGACUUACUGUUCGCAUAUAUCAAGAGAGAGUUUACCUUAAAACAUGGGUCAUCAAGACAAGUGGAUGGAAAACCGGCCAAAUUGGUACUUCGAUAA